UAGCAUUGCAAUAAUAAAAGAAGAUUUAACAGACAACAUUCAAUUCUCAGUUGUGCUCGUGAUUAGAAGUGAAGCUUGGAAAAUAAGUAAUUUGAAAAAUCUUUCUUGUGAAUUUGUGGAGAGAUUUUAAAAAUUCAUCAAUUUUCUGUAGAAAGAUACAUCCUUCGAGAGUAAGCAGGCAGGCGAGCAAGCAAGGAAGCAAGCACGAGUGAGAAAAGCACGAAACGGCAUGUACUGAAUAUUUCAUGAGCAGAUCCGCAAUCAUUUAAGUGUAUAUAUGGGAGAGUACACACGAAAGCACGAACCAUCAUCCAUUCAUGUCAGGACGAUGCAUUUAACAUUAAUUUUCAUCGUCAUCAUAAGCUACUCAACAGCUUACUCACAUCCGUUGCUAUUAGAGGAGAACCAACAAUAUCGGAUGCAGAAACCACAGCAACAUGAGCUGGAACUCGAGUCAAGGCAAAAUAAUGAGCUCAAUUCGAGUGCGUCACGUCCAGUGCAGAAUUUUUUUAAAAAACUUUUAAGCGCAUUUCGAUUGAGAUCGUCGGAUACCACAAUGUUGCCCCCAACAACCACACAACGUAUAUCCGCUCCAACGAAUAAUUUUCAAGAGCAAUCCCAGGAAAAUCCACACUUUGUUGAUUUUUCAACAUAUUUGCUUGAUUCAUUGCUGAGUAGUAAUACUGCUAUUAAAUUCUCAUACCUCGAACCGAAUACCACGAAUUUGAAGAGUGGAAACUACUCAGUCAUUACGUUCCUCGUUCCACACAGCAUACGAAACAGACUUCCACAAAAGGGAUUUAUAAGCCAAUUUCUAGCUUUGUUUCAAAAUCCAUGGAAUCGUGCACCACGACCCGCAACUGACACAGUUUAUUCACAAUUUCCAUCAUUCCUAGAAUAUGUUGCUCAACGAGUUCAAGCUUAUUAUUCAAUCUAUAAAUAUACAGAUGAUUCCAGGCUGAAUAACACAAUUGUUGUUGACAUCCCAGAAGUUGAUAUUUAUGCACAACCCGACCCACUCAGUGACGAUUUAGUCGAAACUACAACUGAUUAUCAACAAGACACAACUUUAAUGGAUGAAAUCGAGAAUGAAAAUGAAUUGCUAACAACAACAGAAGUAAAUCUCUAA